AUGGUGUCGCCGACGGAGCCGCCGGCCGAGACGACGACGGUGUUCCGCUCGACGCUUCCCGACAUCGCCAUCCCGGACCACCUCCCGCUCCACGACUACGUCCUGGAGCGCCUGACGGAGCGCCGCGACCGCGCGUGCCUCAUCGACGGCGCCACGGGCGAGACGCUCACGUUCGGCGACGUGGACCGCCUGUUGCGCCGCGUCGCGGCCGGGAUGCGCGCCACCCUCGGCGUCCGCAGCGGGGGCACGGCGGCGGCCUCCGGUGCCACCGUCGUCAUCACCGAGCUGGCGUUCGUCGGCAAGGUGCGGGGGCUCGCCGGCGUCACCGUCGUCGCAACGGGCGACGGCGCCGAGGGCUGCGUCUCGUUUUCCGACCUCGCCUCUGCCCGAGGCGGCCAUCGACGUGGUCGCGCUGCCGUACUCGUCCGGCACGACGGGGCUGCCCAAGGGGUGAUGCUGUCGCACCGCGGGCUGGUGACCAGCGUGGCGCAGCUCGUGGACGGCGACAACCCGAACCUCCACUUCCGGGAGGACGACGUCGUGCUCUGCGUGCUGCCCAUGUUCCACGUGUACUCGCUGCACUCCAUCCUGCUGUGCGGGAUGCGCGCCGGCGCCGCGCUCGUGAUCAUGAAGCGCUUCGACACCCUCCGCAUGUUCGAGCUGGUGAAGCGGCACCGCAUCACCAUCGUCCCGCUCGUGCUGCCCAUCGCCGUGGAGAUGGCCAAGAGCGACGCCAUCGACAGCCACGACCUCUCCUCGGUGCGCAUGGUCAUCUCGGGGGCCGCGCCCAUGGGCAAGGAGCUGCAGGACAUGCUGCGCGCCAAGCUCCCUCGCGCCGUGCUCGGACAGGGCUAUGGGAUGACAGAGGCAGGCCCGGUGCUCUCAAUGUGCAUGGCGUUUGCCAAGGAGCCGUUGCCGGUGAAGUCCGGCGCCUGCGGCACGGUGGUGAGGAAUGCCGAGCUCAAGAUCAUCGACCCGGAGACCGGGCUGUCCCUCCCCCGCAACCAGCCCGGGGAGAUUUGCAUCAGGGGCAAGCAGUUGAUGAAAGGGUACCUCAACAACCCGGAGGCCACGGCGAAUACCAUCGACUCGGAGGGGUGGCUGCACACCGGAGACAUCGGGUACGUCGACGACGACGACGAGAUCUUCAUCGUCGACCGGCUCAAGGAGCUCAUCAAGUACAAGGGGUUCCAAGUCGCUCCGGCGGAGCUCGAGGCCAUGCUCAUCGCCCACCCCAGCAUCGCCGACGCCGCCGCCGUCCCACUGAAGGAUGACUCCUGCGGCGAGAUCCCGGUGGCGUUCGUCGUGACCUCCGGUGGCUCUGAGAUCACCGAGGACGAGAUCAAACAGUACGUGGCGAAACAGGUGGUGUUCUACAAGAGGCUGCACAAGAUCUUCUUCGUGGAGGCUAUCCUGAAGGCGCCAUCUGGCAAGAUUUUGAGGAAGGAUCUGAGAGCAAAGCUGGCGUCUGGAUUUUCCAACGGAUCAUCGUGUUGA